UGCCGUGUCGGAAGUCAAAGGUCAGUAAAUAGUGGUGAUGUCAUGCAGGCAAGAUGGCGGAAGGGGAGGACGUGGGAUGGUGGCGGAGCUGGCUGCAGCAGAGCUACCAAGCAGUCAAAGAGAAGUCCUCUGAAGCCUUGGAGUUCAUGAAGCGGGACCUGACAGAGUUUACCCAGGUGGUGCAGCAUGACACGGCCUGUACCAUCGCAGCCACGGCCAGCGUGGUCAAGGAGAAGCUGGCUAUUGCAGCCUGUUGCCGGGGCGCUUGCUUCCUCUGCCCAUUCUCUAUACAGACGGAAGGCUCCUCAGGAGCAACGGAGAAGAUGAAGAAAGGGUUGUCUGACUUCCUAGGGGUGAUCUCAGACACCUUUGCCCCCUCACCAGACAAAACCAUCGACUGCGAUGUCAUCACCCUGAUGGGCACACCAUCUGGCACAGCUGAGCCCUAUGAUGGCACCAAGGCUCGCCUCUAUAGCCUGCAGUCGGACCCAGCAACCUACUGCAAUGAACCAGAUGGGCCCCCGGAAUUGUUUGACGCCUGGCUUUCCCAGUUCUGCUUGGAGGAGAAGAAGGGGGAGAUCUCAGAGCUCCUUGUAGGCAGCCCCUCUAUCCGGGCCCUCUACACCAAGAUGGUUCCAGCAGCUGUUUCCCAUUCAGAAUUCUGGCAUCGGUAUUUCUAUAAAGUCCAUCAGCUAGAGCAGGAGCAGGCCCGGAGGGACGCCCUGAAGCAGCGGGCGGAACAGAGCAUCUCUGAAGAACCUGGCUGGGAGGAGGAGGAAGAGGAGCUCAUGGGCAUUUCACUCACAUCUCCAAAAGAGGCAGAGGUUCCUGUGACCAAAACUUCUACAUUCCCUGAAGGAGGACCUGGCCCCCAGAGCCCCUGUGAAGAGAAUCUGGUGACCUCAGUUGAGCCCCCAGCCGAGGUGACUCCAUCAGAGAGCAGCGAGAGCGUCUCCCUCGUGACACAGAUUGCCAACCCAGCCGCUGCACCUGAGGCACCAGUGCUGCCCAAGGACCUGUCCCAAAAGCUGCUAGAGGCAUCUUUGGAGGAACAGGGCCUGGUUGUGGAUGUGGGCGAGACUGGACCCCCGCCCCCUAUUCACUCCAAGCCCCUAACCCCUGCUGGCCACCCCAGCGGCCCAGAACCCAGGCCUCCAGCCAGAGUAGAGACUCUGAGGGAGGAGGCUCCCACAGACUUACGGGUGUUUGAGCUGAACUCGGACAGUGGGAAGUCUACACCCUCCAACAAUGGAAAGAAAGGCUCAAGCACAGACAUCAGUGAGGACUGGGAGAAAGACUUUGACUUGGACAUGACCGAAGAGGAAGUGCAGAUGGCACUUUCCAAAGUGGAUGCCUCUGGGGAGCUGGAAGAUGUAGAGUGGGAGGACUGGGAGUAAGGGAGCCAGAGGGAGCAGCUCCCCACCCAUGGCAUCUCUCGCCUCCCUCGUUCGUCUCAGCCCAGCCCUGGAAGACUCUGAGAAUGUCCCCCCAAAUCUCCUUUGCCAACCAGAGCUCUGGGCACAGAUUCUGGUGGCUCCCUGCUGGCCCUCUGGGCCUCUGCUCAUGCCUGGAAAGGGGCUCUCUAAAUCCCGGCCAGGAACUCUGACUUGUGCCAACAAUAGGAUGACCCGAGGGAGAGGAAACCUAUCCCCCGUCACCAGAAGAGCCUGUGUUUUUCUGCCGAACACCCACUGUUCCUGAGGACUCCUGCUGGGAAGUCCCAAGGGAUAGUUCCAGCCCUUCCGCCUGUGUAGACAGAAGCUAAACCACCAGUCUCUCGGAGGAAGCCGAGACAACACACACUGUCCACCAUAAGCAGGCAGGGAGGGCCUCGCCACCUACCCUUGGCUAAACAGGGACAGCAAACACAUUUUGGUUCCUAUCCCAGUGGGUAAGAUGCACUUACCUCUGGGAAAUUUGCCUCUCCUCUCUUGGGAAUCUCCCCUUCCCAGGCAUUUUCCAUUCCUGGAAAGGCUCCUUUGGGGUUCAGAAUCCAGAGACCAAACCCUGACCCACCUCCUUCCUUUCCUCCAGCCCACGCUGGUCUGUCCCUAUGCCUUCCCAGGGCUUCUUCAUGUCAGAUGCACCCAAGUCCUUAGCCCAGCUGUGCCACCUGCAGGAGUUCGCUCUUGCAUUUCUUCCCCUCCCCAAGAAGGGAGGGGGCCACUUGAGGCCCUUCUGUGUGUUGCCUGGCAGGAUACCUUGUCCAACCAGCUACCCACCUCAACUCCCCUGUAGCUUAGGACACAAAACAGCUACCAGCGGUACAGAGCGGUGAUCACAGCCGAGUACUUACAACUCUGGUAAGCCUAGCUUCUCCGCCUCAGCCCUUCUGCUUCUGGAAGGGCUAUCCUGGGGGUGAACUUGAAACUCUCAUCAGGCUUCUGCAAAAGCUCUUCUCCCUGAAGACAGACCCAGCCUUUGCACUCUCACCCUCCAGUCUGGUAAAGCUGCACCUCUGGGGGGAAUGAGGGGCUGCAGGAAUCUCUGGAGAGCCUGGUGCUUCACGAUGCUGCUCUGAUGAUUCUUGUACCUAAUCUGGUGUGCUCACCAGCGAGUGAAAGGGAUCGUGGUCAGGGACACCGAGAGAGUGGGGUCACUUCUACUUCAAACCUUCAGUGAGGGGGUGGGUUGGAGAGAAUGCUGAAUCUUUUUUUUGACGGGAUGGGGUUUUUCUCUUUGUAAUUAUUUCUUUAGUUUAAUUAACUUUUUGGUUGUUUGUGCAAUAUUAUAUAUUUUAAAUUAUAAUGCAUCUCCCCAGAGUAUUUUGUAGCUGGGAAAAGAAAAAAGGAAAAAAAAAAAAAGAAAAAAGAUUCUAACAGCUGUUAGUUUUAUAAUUAAAAAAGAAAGAAAAAAGAACUUUGUCCUGAACCUUUUACAGACUUGCCGUUAACAGCAUUAAAGUGAUUCAACCAAA